UCAAAACAUGCUUUUAAUUAAAAUUAGGUUUAUUAGAUGGUGGAAAUAUUAACAGUAACUAGUGAACUGAAGGAUUAUUUCCAGUCAUCAUGGGGAAGAUUUUCAAAGUACUUAAGAGAAGCAAGAUUUGCAAGAUUCCAAUGCUGCAUAAAUAGAAUCUUUUGAAAGGAAGAGGGUUAGUAUAAAUGGCCUUGGACGUGGAAAAAUCAACUUCUGAAGCCUCGCUGAAUGUGCCAUGCCAGUACGACGGUAGGUGGAACUGCAGAGAACUGGACACUGACUACCCAGAGUUAGUUAGCAGUAUGCGCCAGUUCUUAGACGCAGAAGAAGGGAAGUCCUCUCCAGAAGGAACUGAGAGUGCUGCACUGGAUGGAAGCAGUUCCCCUGUAACUGGCAUCACCCAGCAAAACCCAGGCUGCAGUAAAGAAAUGUCUUUACUACGCUCUUCCAGAUUGCCCAGAGCAAAAGUGAAGGCAAACUAUGUGGAGAGAUGGCCAUUAACUGCUAGACACAUUUGUGGUACUGAUCUACCCCACCGGGUUCACACCACUGUUCCCUACUCAGGAGGACAGCAGAUGCAUAUGGUGGAAUAUUUAGGCAGCGAGAAAAAAUUAUCGAAUACUUCUGAGCUUCUGCCCAGGCUUCCAAACUCAGCCAUGGACACCAAAGUUUCUGAUUUGCUUCAUGAACUAAGUGCCAAACGUAGGAGCCAAGCUGAUCUUCCCGUCUUUUCAUCUGCUCUGGAAUCUUUGCCUGAUAAAACAGCUUCCAGUUCUGAGACUGUAUCCCCAAAGCUGUCUAGCUCCAGCCUUUCCACACCGCCUCCAGAAGACAGUGAGUCUGAGCGGCUGGAGAUAAAACAAGCAAGCAGCUUACUGGCUGAAAAAGGCUUCCCUCCAUCUGAAGUCUUCAAUUCUCGACAUCCACGCAGUCAGGGUAGUCCUAUGGAGGAUGCUGCACUGUUCAUGUGCAGCCCUGUCCUCAAGAACCAUGUAGCAGGGGAACACAGUAAAAAGAUGUCAUCCUUUCAGGCGGAUUACUGGGCGUGUGCCAUACCUGACUGUUUACCCCCAUCGCCGGACCGGCAGUCUCCACACUGGAACCCUAAUAAGGAGUAUGAGGACUUGCUUGAUUAUACUUACCCUUUAAAGCCAAAAUACAAACUUACAAACAACCCCAAGUCUAUGAUUCCUAAUCCCUUCUUCCAUGACUCAGGUGUAGAUCUUGACAGCUUUUCCAUGUCACCUGAAAGCACUUCAAAGUCCAUGAGAGCACAAAACCAGGAACAACAGACUUUGGAAAGGCAAAGUAAGGAGUAUCUGAUCUCUGCAGGGAGAUUUUCAACCCCUGUGUCUAAAAAGCCAGGCUGUUUUGGAUCAGCUUCUUCCUGUGAACCUUCACCUAUCUCUAAAGUGUCCUUUGCAAAAUGUGCUUCCACUGCCAGCAAACCAGAUCCCUCUAGAAGUUUCGCAAACAGUUUGACUUCCUUUAAGUAUGUGGGACUAACUUCUUUGAAUCCAGUUAGCACAAAUGAGAGAAGCUGCUGGAGUCCAAAUAACCCCUUUUCACAGUGUAACUUAAAGAAAAAAGGUGCUAGUCAUUUCAUACCCACAACACAAGUCCUGCCACUAAAAAAGGAAUGGGAGAAUGAUGAAGAGUACCUUUCUCUGCCUCCCAGACUCAAGGAGUUAGAAGGUUUGGCUCAAUAUUUAUCUGCUCUUUCCAUAGUUGUGCGGAAACCUGGGCAAGACCAUGUCCAGCAAGACCUUCCUUGCUGCAGUGGUAGCAGAGAGAAGCUUUCAUCUGACUCUGUCAGUCCUGGUGGCACAGACAGGAACAUGGAAAUGGAGGGCAUGGAGGAUUAUUCUCUUUUGUGUCAUGCACAAGACUCUCAGAAGCCCUAUGCUGAAAACAUUAAAUUGUGUAGCCAGGAGCACAAGGAUUCUGAAAGACUGAAUACAACCUCCACUAUCAGAGCUGUGCUAGAUGGGCGAUACCGUGGAGCACUGGAGAGCGAAUGGCAGCAUCCAAAGGACCAACAGAAAGAAUCUCUUACUCAAUGUAUUAAGAUAUUUUGCUGUCAGCUAGACGAGCUAAUCCAUUGGCUGUAUACAGUAGCAGAAGUUACAGAUAACUGGAUUCCACCUCAACCAGAUGCUGAAAGUGUGAAAACAUCCCUACAUCGUUACUUGGAAUUCAAGAAGGAUAUAGCUGAUCACCAGACACUGACAGAGAGUGUGUUACGCCAGGGUGGAAUCCUCCUCAGAUGCAUGGCAUCAAAUUCACCAGUUUUAGAGGAUGCCUUGAGUUUGCUUGCAAAACAGUCGGAGGAACUUGAAAACCAUGCGGAGCGCUUGUAUGAGUCAGUGUUAGCAGCUAUGGAUACCACUGAAAGCAACAACCUAACAAAGGACGGGGGUGCUCAACAAACCGUCGUCCAAGCUAAAGAAUCCGAGUGGGUAAUGCCUCUAGAUGAGAUGGCAUGUAUCAGGCAGUCUCUGGAUGGAUGACAGGUGUGUUCCAGCAAGGGACUGAGCAGUACCAUUUUCUACUCUUACAGUAAUGCCAAAAUGAAACCAUUCAGUCAUGUACGGACUCGGUGAAGCUGGGGCACUUUUUAUCAGUGUUUGUGGUGUGAGAGCUAUGCCAAAGGAUUAUUUGCUUACCAUGUUUUUAUUUAAUUUUGCAGUUUAAGUUGUUAUAUGAAGGAAGGAGGGACAAGUCCUCCUCAAAAAAGCAUUCAUUGGUAUAGUCUUAUUUGCUUUUCCCUUUUUGAAGUUGCGUGUUCCAUUUUAGCACUGUAGAAAUGUCACAAUCCCCUGGCUUUCUGAAUGAUGAUUCAUCCAAACUCAGUGCCUCUGUGUUUUGUGAUGCUUUGCCAUGAUGCACAUUUCAAUUUCCAGUAAUGCUGGGUGGUUUAUUUGAUCAUUGCUGCAUUUAUUUUUAUAAACUUUUACUAUAUAAAACGUGACAGUAGAGAUCAAUAAUGACUGUAUCCUCUUCUGUUUCUCGGAACCAACCCAAGCACUUGAUUCAUUCUCUCAUCAACUACAAAGCCAAUUUUGCACGUGUUCACAUGUAACUCAAGUGUGUCAGGUCCAAUGCAGAAAGGUCAAAUGCUCUUUGCUAAGUGGAUAAUAAUUAAAUAUGCCAAAAGCUCUGAGAACUUAUUUGGAAGAGAUGCACAGAACUAUCUUAAUGUGAGUUGAAGUUCAUAAAACGUGGUCACAGAUGA